AUGACUUCGGAAGGCCAUUGUGUUUUUGUGCUGGUCUACGUGGACGAUGUCUUGGUGACUAGAAGCUCGCUCGAGAUGAUUGCGCGCACCAAGAACGACCUCAAGACACGCUUCGAGAUGACGGACAGCGGCAAGUGUGCCUUUGUUCUUAGGAUCGAGUUAUUGGACGGUGAAGAUGGCAGCGUGACUAUGUGUCAGCGCCGUUAUGUCGACGAUGUCCUCAAGCGCUUUGGAAUGGAUGAGUGCGAGGCUGUAACAAGUCCGGUGGACGUCAGCUCUCGACUGGUUCCAAGAAACUCUGCAAGCAAGGUGGAUGUCCCAUUCCGUGAAGCAGUGGGUGCUUUGAUGCAUCUGACGACUGCAACGCGACCGGACAUCGCCUAUGCUGUGAGCUUUGUGUCACGGUUCAUGGAGAAACCCCAAGAAGAACACUGGGUUGCAGUCAAGCGCAUCUUCCGCUACCUACAAGGCACCAAGAUGCAUGGAAUCUGCUACAAGCCAAGUGCGAAGAUCUACUUUCGUGGCUAUUCAGAUGCAGACUGGGCCGGUGACCUUGCUGAUCGCAAAUCGACGUCCGGCUACGUCUUCAUGCUAUUGGGUGCUCCGGUGAGUUGGGGCAGCAAGAAACAGCCAAGUGUGUCACUGUCUACAAGCGAAGCGGAGUACAUCGCGCUCAGCCUGGCGAUCCAAGAAGGCAAGUGGAUCAAUCGCUUGCUGUGCGAGAUCAUGGCGGCUGCAAACGAAGAAGGACCCGAGCUCGUCAUCCGUGAAGACAACCAGUCGUGCAUCAAGAUGACGAAGAAUCCGGUCAACCACGGCCGCGCUAAACACAUCGACAUCAAGUACCAUCACAUCCGUGAUGAAGUCAAGCGCGGCGAAGUGAAGCUUGAAUACUGCGAGACGACGUUGAUGUUGGCGGACAUCAUGACGAAGGGACUUCACGGACCGCGUCACAAGGACUUGACGGCGGCGCUUGGCAUCCGUGCGUGUUCGGAUUGA